AUGGAGGUGGAGGAGGCGUUCCAGGCGGUGGGCGAGAUGGGCAUCUACCAGAUGUACCUGUGCUUCCUGCUGGCCGUGCUGCUGCAGCUCUACGUGGCCACGGAAGCCAUCCUCAUUGCGCUGGUCGGGGCCACACCGUCGUACCACUGGGACCUGGCCGAGCUCCUGCCCAACCAGAGCCACAGCAACCAGUCGGCUGGUGAAGACCAGGCCUUCGGGGCCUGGCUCCUGACGGCCAACGGCAGCGAGAUGCACAAGCACGUGCACUUCAGUAGCAGCUUUACCUCCAUCGCCUCCGAGUGGUUUUUAAUUGCCAACAGAUCUUACAAAGUGAGUGCAGCAAGCUCUUUUUUCUUCAGUGGAGUGUUUGUGGGAGUUAUCACUUUCGGUCAACUCUCUGAUCGCUUCGGAAGGAAGAAAGUCUAUCUCACAGGUUUUGCUCUUGACAUCUUGUUUGCUAUUGCAAAUGGCUUUUCCCCUUCAUAUGAGUUCUUUGCAAUAACUCGCUUCCUGGUGGGCAUGAUGAAUGGAGGGAUGUCGCUAGUGGCCUUUGUCCUGCUGAACGAAUGUGUGGGCACCGCCUACUGGGCACUCGCAGGGUCAAUUGGUGGCCUCUUCUUCGCAGUCGGCAUCGCCCAAUAUGCCCUGUUGGGAUACUUCAUCCGUUCCUGGAGGACCCUAGCCAUACUGGUUAACCUGCAGGGAACAGUGGUCUUUCUCUUAUCUUUAUCCAUUCCUGAAUCACCUCGUUGGUUAUACUCCCAGGGUCGGCUGCGUGAGGCUGAAGCCGCUCUGUGCCUCAUCGCCAAGAGGAACCGGCAGCUCAGGUGCAGCUUCUCACUGGCACACCCAGCCGACGGGAGCUGCGAGGAGGCCGGCAGCUUCCUGGACCUGUUUCGUCACCGGGUGCUCCUGGGGCACACGCUGACCCUGAUGUUCAUCUGGUUCGUGUGCAGCUUGGUGUAUUACGGCCUCACUCUGAGUGCAGGUGAUCUAGGUGGAAACAUUUAUGCCAACUUGGCCCUGUCUGGCCUCAUAGAGAUUCCAUCUUACCCUGUCUGCAUCUACUUGAUUAACCAAAGAUGGUUUGGUCGGAAGCGGACAUUGGCAGCAUUUCUGUGCCUCGGAGGACUGGCUUGUCUUAUUGUCAUCUUUCUUCCAGAAAAGAAAGACACAGGUGUGUUUGCAGUGGUGAACAGCCAUUCCUUGUCCCUGCUGGGAAAGCUGACCAUCAGUGCUGCCUUCAACAUUGUGUAUAUCUACACCUCGGAGCUAUACCCCACAGUCAUCAGGAAUGUUGGGCUUGGAACUUGCUCCAUGUUCUCCCGAGUUGGUGGGAUCAUUGCUCCCUUCAUCCCCUCACUGAAGUAUGUGCAGUGGUCUUUACCCUUCAUUGUCUUCGGAGCCACAGGGCUGACCUCAGGCCUCCUGAGUUUAUUAUUGCCAGAAACCCUUAACAGCCCAUUGUUGGAGACAUUUUCUGACCUUCAAGUAUACUCAUAUCGGAGGCUAGGGGAGGAAGCAUUAUCUUUACAGACCUUGGAUCCCCCUCAGUCUGUGGACAAGGAGAGCCCUUUAGGGAGCGAGAGUGACGAAGAGGAAGAGUUUUACGAUGCGGAUGAGGAGACUCAGAUGAUCAAAUGA